ACUCUCCAAUUUGUGCAGGUUAAACAAAAGUUAAUAAUCACAUCACAAUCAUUUGACGUCAUCAGAGUGUCAUAAACAUAAACAUCAAUUUAAUUUAUUAUUAAUUCUCAAUUAAAACUAAUAUAAUAAAUUGUUAUAAAGAUGAGUGAACAUUAUUGGGAGCCUCUUGCUGAGGUUUACAUGGCUGAACAAAUUAAUUAUCAUGAUCCAGACAGUAAUGUUUAUUGUCUUUGCAGCAGAGUAUUCAUUAAAAAUCCAGAAGUUUAUUCUGUCCUGGCUCAAGAUGAUCCCUCAGAUAAUGAUGAUGAAGAUGAAAAACUUGUUGAAGUACUUGAUGGAUUUAAAAAAAAUCCAGUUAAAGCACAAUUUAUUGAAAAACAUGAUGAAGAACAAGUGAGCUGUUAUUGUAGUGCAUCACAUACAGACAACAAUUAUUCAACAGAUGAGCAUGAUUCAAUUCGUGAAAGUGUACAAAAAUCAUCAGCUCAAAUAUUAUCACAAAAACUUGGUCUUCAUCAGUCUGAUUCUGGUGCUGAUUUAUCAGAAUAUCAUGAUUAUCAUAAUAGUAAAAAUAUUUAUGAGCCAAUAUCAUCAAUGUAUGAUAAAUUGCCAGAAAGUCCAGAAGUAAAUUAUAAUAAUAUUGAAACUUUUAAAACACAUGGUAAAACACCACAAGGUAAUGACAUUAAUGUUUAUGAUUUUAUAAAUAAUUUGACCUUUAAAAAUGCAACUGAUACUAAUGAUGAAGCUUGUUUAUCAAUAAAUAAACGUCCAUCAUUUAUUGUUGGUUCAAGUGAAACAAAUUUUAUUGAUUUUAAUGAUAACGACGAAUCAGAAAUAUUACCAGUAAUUAAUAAUAUUUAUGAUUCAUAUUUUAAUAUGGAAAUAUCAUAUGGUUUAGAUGAAAAAAAUGUAAUUGAUAUUUCAUGGGAAAAAUUUUGGGCUGAUAAUGGUGAACAUUUAAUAUGGUCAGCUUGGAUUGAAAAAUAUGCUGAUUAUAUUAAUCCAAAUUAUUUAAAUGAUGAUAAAAAAAUUAAUAAAAAUCAAAAUGUUGAUAAUGAAACUGAACAAAAUACAUGUUUUCCAAAUCAAGCACAUGAAAAUUGUGAAAUUUUACACUCAAAUUUUGAGGGUUUAUUUAAUAAUAAAAGCAAUUAUCAUUGUGUUAAAGAUAAUCAUGUUAAUUUUUCAUUUGAUAAUAAAACAAAUAAUGUUGUUGUUGAUAAAGAUGCUGAAGAUAAUAGAAAUAAAUUAUAUAAUAAUUAUGAAACAUCACCAGAGACUGAUGGAUGGAAUCCAUUGAGUCCAUUUACACCUGAAGAUAGCUAUAAUCAACAAUCAAAUAAUGAAGAUGAAAAAUUAAUAACAUUAUCACGUUGUAAUUCAAUAACUGGUUCAACAGCUAAAACAAAUGCAACAUCUGAUUCAAUGACAAAUGUUACUAAAAUGACAUUAUCUAGUAGUUCAAGUUUUGAUUCAAAUUCAGUUCAUUCAUUGAGUCUAGCAAGUUCAGGAACAAAUUCAAUUGAAAGUAAUGCUACAAGUUCAAGUGGUGAACAAGAUAAUAAUGAUUUAACAUCUGAUGAUGAUAAAUAUUGGCAAAAUUUAUGGAAAGAAAAUUUUCAAAUUCAAUAUCAAUAUCAUUAUGAAAAUUUUACACUGAGACAUCAACAUUAUGAAAAUGAAAAAAAUAAAAAAACAAUUAAGAAAAAUGAUAUUAUUGAUGAUCAUUCUAAAAAUUAUUUAUCACGGCAAAAAAGAGCUGUCAUGGACUCAGUUGGUGCACUUAUGAAAAAUUUAACAAUGACAGCUAGUAAUGGUGAAUCGAGUGAUAAUAAAAAGACUCUAAAAAAUAGCCAAGUUGAUAAUUCAAGUACUGAUAAUAAUGAAAAAUUAUUGAGUAGUGGUGGUGGUGGUGGUGGUGGUGUUGGUGGUUGUGAUAAUGAUGGUGAUGGUGAUGGUAAAAAACCAAAUGAUGAUAAACCAGUUGCAUUGAAACGUACUCAUGAAGCUGAUGAUGACGAUGAUGACGAUGAAGAUGAUGAAGAGCAAGAAGAAGAGGAAGAAGAAGAAGAUAAUGAAGGUAUGAGAAAUGUAAAAAAAGCAUUUUCAUUAAUGGGAUAUACAUAUAAUCGUGAUAAUAAUAUGAAAAAACUUCAAGGUGAUGUUGUUUAUAAAAAAAAAAAUAUUAGAUUACCACAAAAACAAUUGAAAAUAAAAUUAAAUCAUAAUAAAAAUAAAAAACACAUGUAUUUUGACGAUAAUGGUGUUGAAAUAACAAAUACUAUUGAUAAAGUUAAACAAUAUUUAUCGUAUUGUCCAAAAAUAACAAAUGAUAGUAAAAUAAAAAAUGAUAAUAUAACACAAUUGACAUCAAGUUCAGAUGAAGAAUGUGAAAAUGAAUUUAAUAAUAAUAACAAAAAAUUACAAAGUAAAAAAUUAAUUUUUAAUAAAAAAAAUUUAUUUGAUGACGAUGAAUCAAUUGACAUUGACAUGAAUACACAAGACAUUGAUAAACAAAAAGAUGAUAAAUCUUUUGAUGAUGAUAGUGUUAAAAAAUCACAAAAAAAAAGAAGAAAAAAACAAAGUAAAAGAAAAAUUUGUCUUCCAGUUGAAGUUGCUAAUGAUAAAAAAUUGAUGAAAUAUUGGGUAAAAAGAUAUCGGCUAUUUAGUAAAUUUGAUGAAGGAAUUAAACUUGAUAGAGAAAGUUGGUUUUCUGUAACACCUGAAAAAAUUGCUUCUCAUAUUGCAACAAGAUGUAAAUGUGAUACAAUUGUUGAUGCAUUUUGUGGUGCAGGUGGUAAUUCAAUUCAAUUUGCAUUUCAAUGUGAAAGAGUUAUUGCCAUUGAUAUUGAUCCAGAAAAAAUUAAACUUGCUAGAAAUAAUGCAAAAGUAUAUGGUGUUGAAGAUAGAAUUGAAUUUAUAGUUGGUGAUUUUUUUCAAGUUUCUGAAAAACUUAUUGCUGAUGUUGUUUUUUUGAGUCCUCCAUGGGGUGGACCAGAGUAUGCACUUAGUGAAACAUUUGAUCUUGAUAAUAUUCUUCCGCCAAUUGGUGGACAGGGUCUAUUUGAUGCUGCAAGAAAAAUAUCUGAUCAUGUUGCUUAUUUUCUUCCUCGUAAUGUUGACACUAUUCAGAUUGCAAUGCUUGCUGGACCUGGAGGUGGUGUUGAACUUGAACAAAAUUUUCUCGAUAAAAAAUUAGUCUCAUUGACUGCAUAUUUUGGAGAAUUACCUAAAGAAUGCUAACAUCAAAAUUAAUUAUAAACAACUCGUACAUCACAUGUGAAAAAAAAAAAUUCUUUUCGAUAUAAAAAAUGUUUAAUGUUAUUCGCCAUUAGUUGUAAAUAUCAUAAAUACCUUGUCUGUUUGUUUUCAUAAAUUAAUUGAAUGUUUAAAAAAUAAAAAUAUUAAGACUUGAUUAUUUUAAAAUUCUGUGAUUGCGCAAAUAUUAUAAUAUUAAUUUUAAUAUCAAUUUAAAAAAAAAAUAUAUACUUUAAUUAUUAACUUUUUGUUUUUGUACCAAAUAAUACGACAUGGAUUUAAAAUUCUUCCAAAACAUUGUCAACGAAUAAUAGUAAAAUAAAAAUAAAAUAAAUAAUAACAAUAUGAAAACAAAAUAAUUUAAUUUACUUUUUUAUUUCUUAUAAUAAAAAAAAAAAUGUUCAAUUGUACAAAAGAGAGAGAGACACAAACAGAUAAUGAAAUGUUUAAUUUUCUUUUUGUUGGUUUUAUGAUGUUCUUGUCAAUAAAGUGUAUCCAAAACCAAAAAAAAAAAAAAAA